GACUGGGAGCUACAGGUUCAGUAUAAACUGAACAUGGAUGAGGGUGAACAAACAGUACUGGUCCACUGCUUCUUUCUUCCCGUCGUUCCUGGCAGUGAGAGAUGAUGAGAGUGGAAGGCACCAAAUAGAGGGACCGCAGGGACGCUGAGAAUUUGCACAGACAGGCUGUGAUAAUGGGGAAAGCUGCACUGCUGCUGUUUUGUUGCCUGGUCAUGUCUUUAUCAGGCUCCCCGCUGUACCCAACCAUUAGGUUUGGUCAGAGGGAUACGUCCAUCCUGAUGACAUCCUCCAUAAAGAAUCCAGCAGAGCAGCUGGAGGAAGACAGACGUCCUCCCAGGGAGCGAGCAGAGUUGCGCUCAGGACGCCAUGCCGAUGCCAUCUUUACAAACAGUUACAGGAAGGUCCUGGGCCAAAUCUCUGCCAGGAAGUUCCUUCAGACAAUCAUGGGCAAACGGCUGGGGUAG